GCUCGUUUAUGCACUUACAUAAUGGUGACUGUGUGCCUCCUCGUUGAUUCGAUUUCUUCUGUACACUGCUGUUGAGGCUCGCGGAAAUGUCUGUCACCAGAAUAAUUGUACGAAAGUUUUCUUCGUCCGUUAUCUCGCAGCAGCUGGUGAAGCCUCCCAUUCAAGUUUUCGGAUUGGAAGGUAGAUAUGUGAGCGCUCUUUUCUCAGCUGCAUCUAAACAAAAGGCUUUGGAUGCAGUAGAAAAAGAUUUGACUGGAAUUCAGGGACAGUUGAAAACGGAUGCCAAAUUAGCAGACUUUGUAAGAGAUCCUUCGGUAAAACGGAAGGAUAAAGCAGAAGCUUUCAAAGCUAUUGCUUCAAAGGUCAGCCUAAACCCAGCUACAGCGAAUCUAUUGAUAUUGCUUGCUGAGAAUGGCCGACUGUCAAAAAUCAAUCAGAUCAUCAAUCUGUACAAACUGAUCAUGGCUGCCAAUAGAGGAGAGGUGGUGUGUGAAGUGGUGACAGCAAGACCACUGGAUGCAGACACAAAGAGUAAGCUGGAAUCAGCUUUAAAAGGUUUCCUGAAGAAGGGUCAGAAUAUCUUGCUCACUACUAAGGUAGAUCCUAGCAUCAUCGGUGGUAUGCUUGUAUCAAUAGGUGACAAAUAUGUAGAUAUGAGUGUUGCUAGCAAAAUUAAAAAGUACACUGAUAUCAUUCAAGCCGCAGCAUAAUUGAGGUUCAGUGAUAUAAAAUAACAAGAGAUAAAUUGUUCCAUACUCACACAAAUAUAUCAGAGUAUGUUGUAAAUUAUUAAACAGUCAAAUAAAAGCUUAUGUAAUAAAUCGAUCUAAAUACAAUGAUUGUUAUUUGCAUUGUAUAGAUAUGCUAACAGCAAAAUAUAGCUGUGGUUCAACUUUGAA